AAAACCAGUGAACAUAAAACAAAAGAAAAAAAAAACAAGCUGCGGCGAGAAAUGGAUGCGACGAUCGGAAAAUUCUUCGAUUCGGUCUCCGGUUUCUUCUCCGGCGCUGGAUCAGGCUCCGGCGAUCAGUUUCCUUUGUGCGAUUCCGAUAUCAUAUCGGGCUGUGAGAAAGAAGUUGCAGAGGCCGAGAAAGGUUCCGACGAAGGGCUUAAGAAUGAAUGCAUCAUGCGUCUAUCCUGGGCUCUCGUUCAUUCAAAGAAACCCGCGGAUGUCCAGCGCGGGAUAGCUAUGCUUGAAGCUUCGUUGGCUAACGAAACAAGUCCAUUGAAAUCGAGGGAGAAGCUCUAUCUCCUUGCUGUGGGGUAUUAUCGAAGCGGUGACUUUCCAAGGAGCAGGGAACUCGUGGAGAAAUGUUUAGAGCUCGAACCAGAGUGGAGACAGGCUCAGGCACUUAAAAAGUCCAUCGAGGACCGAAUUGUGACUGAUGGCGUUAUCGGCAUUGGUAUCGCCGUUACUGCUGUUGGACUUGUUGCUGGCGGUGUUGCUGCAGCACUAGCACGGAGAAAUUGAUUACAAAGCACAUGUUUCCUCUGAAAUUUACGUGUCUGUUCAGUUUCUCCCUUUGUGGUUUUCAGGGAUGCAUCUAUCAAAAACAGCACACUGACUUUUGUAGUUUAUAAUUUUUUUUAAUAAUCCGAAAGUUUAUCAGUUCUUUCCAAUUA